AUGAACAAAGAGUCGGAUGGUGUGAUGCUCGAGCCGACACCAUUUCGUGACGGCACAACUCUGACACCUUCUUCUCACUUUCAAGGCCUAUACACAGUAGUAGUUGGCUCUGCUCGCCAGUCGGAUGUUUCACAACUUGUUGGACUUGUGCCGCCAUGGAAUCAAACUUGGUCAAAUCAACAGCCAAAUCAAAAUCAGUCCCAACAGUACUCACACGAUAGUAUGGCGACAGCGGGCCACAUCCUCAUUAGAAAUUCAUUUCUGGAUGCCCUUAAUGAAAGAGAUUCUACCCAUGCAUCGUCAUCUUUGUUGAAUUCAACACCCAGCAAAACUGAAGCGCCCCUUGCAUACCAAUCGAAACGGAAGCGAGCAAGACGGGACCAACAAAUAGUCGGUCCAAAUAAUGGCUUGAAGAGAGAUCCCAACAAUCUCCGAUAUAGAUCCUAUCAACAGGGUCAGUGGGAUCUACAAUUUCAGGAAUUGCUUAAGUUCAAAGAAAUGCACGGGCAUUGCCACGUUCCCCAUACCUACGACCACAAUCCCAUCCUCGCUCGUUGGGCGAAGCGCCAACGGUACCAAUAUACAAUGAAACUGGAACAAAAGCAAUCUUGCCUAUCUGACGAUAGACAGCAAAAGCUGGACGAAGUUGGCUUCAUAUGGGACCUUCAGAUGAUGGCCUGGCAAGAGCGAUUCAAUGAGCUGGUGGAAUACAAACGAAAGCAUGGCGAUUGCAACGUCCCCAAUCGCUUUGGAGAGAAUCUCGCUCUUGGCCAGUGGGUUAAGAGCCAGCGUCGGCAGUUCAAACUAUAUGGGUUAGACCCAUCCUCUUCACGCCUGACACCCGAACGCCACCAGCUCUUGACCAGUCUAGGAUUCACACAGUAUUACUACCACCAGAGGCUGGUUGGUAGCCCCAACAAAAAUGUUAAAGGGGCGAAUCCGAGUUAG